AUGGCCAUCGAAACACCCUUGUCCGAGAAACCAACGAUCAAUAGAGUUCCUCUAUAUGUGAAUGAUGGACUCUUGGCGCCUGAUGAAGUCAAACUCCUGCGGCCAUCGUAUCCAUCAGAGCCACUCGAGGUGCUCUGGAAACGCUACAGAGAAGAUGGCUACAUCUUUCUUAAGGGGCUGUUACCAAGGGAAGACGUUUGCUCGGCCCGAGGUUCCUACUUCCAACGUCUACAGCCCUGCGGCGUGAUCGAUCCGGACUCGGACCCACGCGAUGGCAUCUUCAACGCCUCGGGCGGCGCCAAGGCAGACUAUCCCGGCGUAGGCGUCGAAGCGGGGAGCGGCGCCCCGGCCACCAGCAACGAGGAGCUCUUUACGGAGCUCGCGCUCAAGGCUCAUACCGACGAGUGGUACAUUGGAUCUCCAGAUGGUAAAACUCCCGGCCUUGUGAACCACCCGCUGCUACUCCAGUUUGUGGCCGACUUUACCGGCUGGGGUGACAAGACUUUGCCUAUACGCCGGACUUUGUUGAGGAACAAUACCCCUGGCAAUAAAGCGAUUGGUGUGCACUACGAUCAAAUCUUCCUGAGGUACGGCGAGCCGAGCGUCCUGACCGCUUGGGUGCCUGUUGGUGAUAUCGCGCUGGAUGGAGGCGGGCUUAUAUAUCUUGAAGACGGCGACCAGCUGGGCAAACAGAUUGAGAGCGAAUGCACGGCCAAGGCCAAGGCCGCCGGUCUUGAUGACGCUGAAGUGCGAAAUGCUUUUAACAGUCAAAUGAUGAAGACAGGCUGGUUGAGUCCUGAUCCGGCGAAGUUUGGGAGAAAGCACGGUAGAAAAUGGCUCGUCACCGCCUACGAGGCAGGAGACGUUGUGUUACACUCGGCAUAUAUGAUCCAUGCAUCCACCGUCAAUCAUGACAAGGAGGGACGAAUCAGGGUAGGGACUGACUUGCGAUUUGUCAACUCGGCCAGGCCGUGGGAUACGCGUUGGUCAAACCACUUUACCUUUACAGAUGGGUUAUAA